AUGGCCGAACACGUCGAGCGCUUCAACCCAUCCAAGGAACUGCCAAUCAUCACCUACGGCCUACCUUACGAAGACGCAAUUGCAAAUCACCUGACAUCAACUGUGAAGCGCUCACGGCCGUAUCUGCUCGUGUCUGGGUCGCUGAGCCGCGACACGGAUGUCGUUGACCGCCUGACCAAGCGUCUGCGCACCGCCGGCGUCGAGGUUGCAGCCGUCCAAGAGGGCAUCCGCUCACACACGCUGUACGCGGACCUGCUGCCGAUCCUCGCCGAGAUUCGCUCCACCAAGGCAGACUCGAUCAUCGUCGUGGGCGGGGGCAGCCUCGUGGACGGCGCCAAGGUCCUGUCGUACGCUCUGGCCAACGGCGUCGACUCGCACGAGGCCUUUGAGACGCUGGCCGAACGCAGCGGCUCCGGCGGCGGCCACGAUGUCAAGAGCUCAGAGAUUCCUUACAUGUGCGCGACGACCACACUCUCGGCCGGCGAGUACAGCUCUUUUGGCGGCGCUACCAACGAGCGCACGCACCAAAAGCAGCUCUUUUACGACCCGUCGCCCGACGCGGGCCACCGCGUCAUCGUCAUCGACCCGCGGCUGACGCUGACCGCGCCGCCAAGCGUGUGGCUGUCCACCGGCAUGCGCGCCGUCGACCACUGUGUCGAGACGGUGUGCUCCCGCGGGCCCAAGCCGGAGGCGACCGCGGCCGCGUUGCAGGGCAUCCGGCAGCUGAUCCCGGCGCUGCUUCGCUGCAAGAAGGACGCCAACGACCUGGACGCGCGUCUGCAAGCCCAGCUCGGCGCCGGCCGGAGCAUGAAGGGCGUUGUUGUGUACGGUGUCGAGCUGGGCGCGUCCCAUGGAAUCGGCCACCAGCUGGGCCCGCAGGGUGUGCCUCACGCCGAAACAACCUGCGUUUUGCUCCCGGCUGUCCUCAAGUACAACGCGCGCGUCAAUAAGGACCAGCAGAAGCUUGUGCUGGACACGCUCUGGGACGAACCCAUUGUCGCCGAGGUGUUGGUAAAGCAAGGCAAGCUGGAGCGCGACACGGCCGAUCUGGGCGACACCCUCGAUGUGAUCAUCCGCGCGCUCGACCUGCCGCGGGCCCUGUCGCACUAUGGAAUCGGCCGCGACAAGCUCGAGAGCAUUGCGACCCUGAGCUUAAAAGACUGGAUGUGUAAGACAAACCCGGUGCCUUUGGAGAAGGUGGAGCAGGUUGUCCAGAUCUUGGAGCAAUGUCUAUAA